AUGGAAGCGAAAGCAAAGGUUCAUGUUGAGGAAGAUUUGAAAUUGAGUGGCUCUGAACAACUAACGCUUGCAACUCGGGGGUAUAAAAUGAUAAAGAAAAUAAACGAAGGCUCUUAUGCUAAGGUUUAUCUCUCAGAAUACAGAAAUCCUAAUAAAAAAGAUCGUUUGUCAGUUCUCGCCUGUAAAAUCAUAGAUACCAAUACGGCUCCGAAAGAUUUUGUUAAGAAGUUUCUACCGAGGGAGAUAGAUAUGCUAAUCAAAUUGAACCAUCCACAUCUCGUGCAUACUCACAGCAUCUUCCAAAGACGAUAUAAAUACUUCAUAUUCAUGCGUUAUAUGGAAAACGGGGAUUUGUUAGAGCAUGUUUUGCAAAAAGGUGCCGUACAAGAAGACCAAGCUAGGAUUUGGACGCGACAGCUUGCUCUCGCCAUUCAAUAUAUGCACGAGUUGGAAAUAGCUCACCGCGAUAUAAAAUGUGAGAACGUACUACUCACCGCUAAUCAAAACGCGAAAUUAUCAGACUUCGGUUUUGCCAGGAUGUGCGUGGACAAACGAUUCAAAGACAUUCCCAGCGAAACGUUUUGUGGAUCGCUCUCAUACACUGCGCCAGAAAUUUUACAAGGAUCGCCCUAUUACCCUAAGCCCACUGAUAUUUGGUCCCUAGGUAUUGUGCUGUACGUUAUGCUUAACAGGGCCAUGCCCUUUGAAGAUAAGCAUAUCAAGCAAUUGUACCAAGCUCAGAUAAACAAAAGCUGGAGAUUCCGCUCGCGAUACAAAGAAUCGCUUUCAGAGAAUUGUAAACGCCUCGUACAUUUAAUGUUAGAACCGAAUUACAGAAAUAGAAUCAAAGUGGACAAUAUCAUUAACGGUGCAUGGAUCGCUAUGGAUUCGAGAUUGUUGGAGUGGAAUACACAAGAAACAUCAGCUUUUAAGAAAGCACGAGAGGAGAAAAUUUUAAGCAUGCAGCAGGUGGAAGUGGCGGAGCCUAUUAGACAGGAAAAGGACACAUCCUGCCUUCCCGACAAAUCUCUAGUAAAAGCUACGUAUGAUAUCGACGACUCCACAUCGUCUUGGUAA